AUGGACUACAUGUACGCGGGCUGUUCUGAUAAGCCACCGCCAUCUAGAGACCAGGAACGCCCAUCGCGGGACCGCAAGCAGUCGCGAAUGAGGGUCUCGUUCUUCAACACCGGGAGACGGAGGAGUUUGGAUAUCCCAGUGGACGAGCACCUUGCCGACCCGCGGAGUCCGUCGGCGCGGACCUUCACCGAAGGGACCGACGAUACCAACAAUUCCAUAUACUCGCGACGGAGAAUCCUGCGAAAGAUGUCAUCCAAGAGCAGCCUGGCCUCAAUCGCCUCGUUCUCGACCAACUCUGUCCCCGACAGCGCCCACGAUGGAAAGUCAAAGUCGCGAUUGUCCGAAACACUGUUCAGAGCUAGCCCUUGGGCUCCUACACCGCAGCAGAUCAAUCUCACGCGGCCAAAGAUUUCCGUCACCCACGCAAAACAGUCCAUCAGCGGCCCUUACAACUUCACCCACAUCACGCAGGUCAAUCCUCUGGAUGCCUCGCGACUACGCCACGGACAAGAGUUGGGAGAGGAAUGGAACAGAGCCCUACACCGCGAGUCCCAAUCGCGCCCAGGAACGGCCCAGACCUAUAUGCCCACUCACCUCAGGAACGAUUCCGUGGCCACUUUCGAAACGUACCGAUCGCAGAGUCGCUCCCGCUCCAAUUCGACCAAGUCGCUCUCUCGCCCAGAGCCUCUACAUGUAGAGCCCACGUCCACGUCCACGUCCACGUCCACGUCGACCUCGCCGGAGCCUACGACGGUAACGCCUCCUCUUCGGUCGUCGCGACUCUGCCUCAGAAUCGCUGAGCAUCCCGACGAAGAGUUUCCGGCGUCGUCGUCAUCAUCCCAAAGAAAUAGCAACGCCGACGAUUUCGAUGAGGGUAUCGCACCCGAUGACAUCAGCUUUGGACGAAAUUCGACUGGGGCCGACAACUCGUUGGAUUUCGACCUGGAAAACUACUCCGAGUCACACUCGGACGUGCCUGCGAUCCGGGAAACGCAAUCGACACCCGACUUGAUGGAAUCGAACUACGGGGAGGAGGACGACGUCGUAUACAUGCCUCAGAUGUAUCUGAGCGUACGGCCGCGUCCGAUGUCGCAACUGAGUCACGCUUCCGAUACUCUGAGUGGCAGCUUUCACGUUCCCGCGAGUCCUACGGUCGGACACGGCUCCAUGCGUCCGCGACGCAUUUCGCAAAGGCUUUCGACGCAUCUGAGGUUGCAUGGAGGCUUCACUGCGGAUAACGCAGCCAUCGACUCCUGGGAACAGGAUAUCGACUGGUGCUACGAAAACGAAGCGGAAGAAGAUUGCGAUUUCGAUUGGCAGAAGGAGGCGAGCAACGUGGAAGUUGACCUUGGCGACUUGGACGAAGAGCUGGAGAUCAUCCAACCACUAUCGCCCCGCCCGCGGUCUCCUCUGCCAGUGAUGGAACCCACCAUCGUUCCCACUGAGCUCCACGGAAUUCCGGAAGAGCCCAAGGAGGAGCUCGUGGUCGAGCGGAGGAUCACGGGGAUCUUUGAGGACCGAUUGCUCCUCCCACCUAGCCCUCGGUUCGCGCCUAGUUCGUUCGGGUUCGCCGGUUCGCAACGAGCAAGGGACAGCGGUUUUGAGAGCACCCACAGCAACGAUGAGUCGUUGCUGUCGCGCAACAGCAGCAUCUCAAUGCGCCAUCGAUCCGUCAGCUUGUCUCCAUCGUUGCCCGAACUGGUUCCCGGACGCCCCUACCGCGAGGAGCUCUGCCGUGUGGCGAAGCAACUCGACGAACACAUCGCGGCGCUGAACGCGGAGUGCUACUACCCCACUACAUCAUUCUCACUGCCCACGUUUCCCAAGCGCCGGUCUUCAAUCUCGGAGCACACAAAGUCGUUCAGUGGAACUAGGUCGAGAGCGGACUCCCAGACGACAUGUGUCACUCUCUGUUCCGACACCGACACCAUCACCCCGCUGGAAGUACACGAGAUCAUAACUCCCUCCAGCUCAGCUCACAAUUCGUUCCAAUUCAUCAAGCAACGAGCAGCCUCAGUCACCGGUGCAGGCUAUGCCGUUGAAGGGCGUCUCGAGAAGGGCCUUUCAUACCCCGCCGCCGCAAUUCCCGGUGUUGUCGAGGUCGGUCCGGACAGUCUGCAUGGAGUCUGCCCGGAGGAAGCAGAGUUUGUACAUUACAUCUAA